UCCACUUCCCAUUUCGAUCUCCUUCGACACAAUCUCUGUGUCCGCCAUGGCCGCCGCUGCGAAGCUUCCCCUCCAAUCGAGCACCUUACACAACUCUACGGUAGGGGUCGCUCCUGCCCUCGCCCCCGCUCCGUCCGCUGCUGCCGCUGGCAAGAAGACCAUCGAGCAGAUUUACCAGAAGAAGACGCAGCUGGAGCAUAUCCUCCUCCGCCCCGACACUUACAUCGGAUCCGUCGAAAAGCACACCCAGAACCUCUGGGUCUACGAGAAUGGCGAGAUGGUCUACCGCCCCGUCACCUACGUCCCCGGCCUCUACAAGAUCUUCGAUGAGAUCCUCGUCAACGCCGCCGACAACAAGCAGCGAGACUCCUCCAUGGACGCCGUCAAGGUCGUGAUCGACGUCGAGGCCAACCUCAUCAGCAUCUAUAACAGUGGAGACGGCGUGCCAGUUGAGAUCCACCAGGAGGAGAAGGUCUACGUGCCGGAGUUGAUCUUUGGCCAUCUCCUAACCAGCAGUAACUACGACGACAACGUGAAGAAGACCACGGGAGGGAGGAACGGCUACGGCGCAAAACUCACUAACAUCUUUUCCACGGAGUUCAUCAUCGAGACCGCUGACGGAAGAAGACAGAAGAAAUACAAGCAGGUGUUUAAUGACAACAUGGGUAAGAAAUCUCAGCCCUCAAUUACAAAGUGCAAGGAAGGAGAAAACUGGACAAAGAUCACUUUUAGGCCAGAUUUGGCCAAAUUCAAGAUGACGCACCUUGAAGAAGAUGUGGUUGCUCUCAUGAAGAAGAGGGUAGUUGAUGUAGCUGGAAGUCUAGGCAAAUCUGUCAAGGUGGAGUUGAAUGGGCAACGAGUACCUGUGAAAACUUUCUCCGAUUAUGUAAAUCUGUAUCUUAAGUCCGCAUCAAAAGACAAAUCUGAACCACUUCCAAGGAUUGCAGAGAAGGUAAAUGAAAGAUGGGAAAUUUGUGUCAGUCUAAGCGAAGGGCAAUUCCAGCAGGUCAGUUUUGUAAAUGGUAUUGCCACGAUCAAGGGUGGAACUCAUGUAGAGUAUGUCACUAAUCAAAUCACAAAUCACAUAAUCAGCAUAGUGAACAAGAAAAACAAGAAUGCUAACCUUAAGGCACAUAAUGUGAAAAGUCAUUUGUGGGUUUUUGUCAAUGCACUCAUUGACAACCCUGCCUUCGAUUCUCAAACCAAAGAAACCUUGACCACUCGACAAGGAAGUUUUGGGUCGAAAUGUGAACUUUCACAGGAUUUCCUUAAAAAAGUUGCUAAGUCAGGGGUUGUAAAUACACUGCUCACGUGGGCUGAUUUUAAGCAAAGCAAAGAAUUGAAGAAAACAGAUGGUGCCAAGAGGCAGAGAAUUACAGGCAUUCCUAAACUUGAGGAUGCUAAUGAUGCCGGAGGAAGGAACUCGGACAAGUGCACACUGAUACUGACUGAAGGAGAUUCAGCCAAGGCUCUUGCUAUGGCAGGUGUCUCUGUAGUAGGCAGGAACUAUUAUGGUGUGUUUCCACUGAGGGGGAAGCUGUUGAACGUCAGAGAAGCUAACCACAAACAAAUUAUGGACAAUGCUGAAGUCCAGAACAUAAAGCAAAUCCUUGGUUUGCAGCAUGGGAAGGAGUAUGAUAGCACUAAAGGAUUGAGAUAUGGUCAUCUAAUGAUAAUGACAGAUCAGGAUCACGAUGGUUCCCACAUCAAGGGAUUGCUUAUUAACUUUGUCCAUACAUUUUGGCCCUCAUUGCUGAAAGUUCCCUCUUUUAUGGUUGAAUUCAUAACCCCACUUCUGAAGGCUACUAAUAACAGAACCAAGACUGUCCUCUCAUUCUACUCCAUGCCUGAGUUUGAAGCGUGGAAAGAAAGUUUGGGUGGAAAUUCAAAUGGUUGGUCAAUUAAGUACUAUAAGGGGUUGGGCACGAGUAAAUCCGAAGAAGGAAAAGAGUAUUUUAAGAACAUAGACAAACACAAAAAAGAUUUCCUAUGGGUGGACGAGCAGGAUGGUGAAGCGAUCGAGUUAGCAUUCAGCAAGAAAAAGAUUGAGGCUAGAAAAAAUUGGCUUCGCCAAUUUGAGCCAGAGAAUUAUCUCGAUCAAUCAGAAAAGUUGAUUAAAUACAGUGAUUUCAUCAACAAGGAAUUGAUCCUAUUCUCUAGAGCAGAUCUACAAAGAUCAAUUCCUUCUAUGGUUGACGGCUUGAAGCCAGGCCAAAGGAAAAUUUUGUUUUGUGCUUUCAAGAGAAAUUUUGUUAAGCAGGCUAAGGUUGCCCAGUUUAUUGGUUAUGUCUCUGAGAACUCAGCUUACCAUCACGGUGAACAGAGCCUUGCUACUACCAUAAUUGGCAUGGCUCAAGAUUUUGUGGGCAGUAACAACAUAAAUCUUAUGCAACCUGAAGGACAGUUCGGUACCAGACACCAGGGAGGCAAAGACCACGCCAGUGCAAGAUAUAUUUUCACUUGCUUGGCUCCAAUCACAAGGUUUUUGUUUCCGAAGGAUGAUGACAUUCUUCUUGACUACCUAAGUGAGGAUGGGCAGUCAAUUGAACCUUCUUGGUAUAUGCCGAUCAUCCCUUUGGUUUUAGUCAAUGGAAGCGAGGGGAUUGGCACUGGAUGGAGUUCCUACAUUCCUAACUACAAUCCAAAAGACAUUGUUGCUAAUGUUAGGCGAUUGUUGAACAAUGAACCAAUGAAGCCUCUGGAACCGUGGUACCAGGGAUUUAAGGGUCGGAUAGAGAAAUCUGCGACAAAGGAAGCUGGUGUAACCUACACAAUAACUGGUACGAUAGAGGAAAUCGACAGCACAACACUCAGGAUAACGGAGUUACCUGUUCGUAGAUGGACCCAGGAUUACAAAGAAUUCCUUGAGUCUAUGAUGACCGGGAACGAUAAGAUUAAGGAACCCUUUAUCAAGGACUAUCGGGAACACAACGACGAUAAAACAGUACACUUCGAAGUUACUCUGUCUGAGGAAAAUAUGAACAUUGCGCGGCAAGAAGGGCUUGAGAAAAAGUUUAAGCUGACGACUACUAUUAGCACCACCAACAUGCACUUGUUUGAUUCAAACUCUGUCAUCAAGAAAUACGAUACUCCAGAGCAAAUUCUCGAAGAGUUUUUUAACCUGAGAUUCGUAUUUUACGAGAAGAGAAAGAAAGCGCUGUUGAACAAUCUUGAGUUAGAUUUGCUGAAGUUGAACAACAAAGUGAGGUUCAUCCUUGGUGUAGUCAGAGAUGAGAUAGUAGUCAAUAAGCGAAAGAGAGCAGAUUUAUUCCUUGAGCUGCAGCAGAAGGGGUUCACACCCUUUCCAAAGAAAACAAAAGGCAUCGAUGCUGCUGUUGCUGGAACCACGGAAGAAGAUGGCGAACAAGAAGAAGAAAGCCCGCAAGCAGGAAAAGGAGGGGCAGUGGCUAGUGACUAUGACUAUUUGAUGUCCAUGCGCAUAGAUUCCUUGACUGAAGAAAAAGUCCAAGAGCUUUGUGCUCAAAAAGACAAACUAGAAGCUGAGGUGGAUGAGCUAAGAAGAACAUCCCCCCAAACUUUAUGGUUGAGGGAGCUUGAUGCAUUAGAAGAGGAGUUAGAUAAACUCGAUCGAAAAGAAGCUGAGGCAGAGGGAGCGAGGAAGGAGAUGAGAAAGAACCACAUUGCCGGGGUUGCACCUUCGAAACAAGCAGCUAAGAAGCCGAGAAAAAACACAGCAAACAAAUUAUCUGUCGAUGGAACAGAGAGUAGUUCUACGGGGACUGAUGCAGGCCAGAAGAAAUCUAGAGGAGGGGGAUCCAAGAGAGCUCCUGCUAAAAAGCAAACGGUUGAAGAAAGUGACGAAGAAGAAGAGAUACUCGCGUUGAAAGACCGACUUGCGGCAUACAAUCUUGAUUCUUCCCCUGAUCAUGGAGCAAUGGAAACUGACACACUAGUAGUAGACCAGGAAAAGCCAAAGAAGCAGCCAAGCAGAAAUGCUGCUGCGAAGAAGGCAACAUAUGCUGUCCUAUCCGACGAUGAGGAUGACGAACCUGAACAUCACCUCAUGCCAACCAUCGAUGAACUCGAAGACGACGAUGAUUUCAGUAUCAAUGAGGAGGUCCCUAAAUCAGUGAAAGGCAAAGGGAGAAAGCCUAGGAAUGAAACUGCCGCCACCAGGAAGAGGGGUUCCACACAGGCAGCAAGCAAGGCCAACAGUCAGAAGCCCAACACCAACGUGCAGCCUGCCGCCCGGGUAUCACCGGAGAAGAAGCUCAGGAAGAUGAGGGCGUCUCCUUUCAACAAGAAAAGUGGAUCAGUCUUGAGUAGACUAACAAGUUCUCCCUCCGCUAGCGAAGACUCAGGUGGCUCCAACAUCGCAGCAGCAAUCGAUGAAGUGGCAGCAGCAGUAACAGGAAGGACGAGACCGAAGAGAGACAACAGAACCAAAGCCAUUUAUGUGGAGAGUGAUUCUGAAGGAGAAGAUGAGGUGGAAGAUGAUGGCACAGAGGAUUCUGACUUCCAGGAGGACUAAGAAGAUUAAGCAAAAGCAUCAAAAAUCUUUUAACUCUGGUUACUUGCUAGCAUGAACGUUCUCUUCAUGGAACUUGUAUUGUCGACUUUUAGUUGAAAAUUGUAAUUUGUACGAACGCCCUCUUCAUGGAACUUGCAUGGCUGUUAGAAAAGUACUGGUGUUUGGAUUUCCAAAUGUUCCUUGGUUUCUGCAUAUUUUUCAGUUGCAAGUGAAAAUAUUUCAGUGGCCAACCAAAAAAUGCCUUUCUUGUACAUUAGUUGACAAGUUCA